UCUGAAUACAUAAAUAACUUUAUUUUUUAAAUACAUCUACGAUUACAAAACACUACUUUUUUGAAUUCAAGGUUUUGGUAUUACACAAAACGCAACGGACUAGGUCAUUGAAAGUUGGAGUAUACAAUUUCUAAUUAAACCAAUGUUUAUCCCACAUUAAAGAUGUUACGUGUACCGGUUAAAAAAAGCACAGGUUUCACACGAAUGAAGUCUACCAGUAGUAUUCGAAAUACGUUUAUAAAAUAUUUUAUCGAUAAUCAUGCCCAUAAAUUCGUGAAAUCAAGUUCAGUUGUACCGUUAUGUGACCCGACAGUUCCAUUUGUAAAUGCGGGAAUGAACCAGUUCAAAGGUGUAUUCCUUGGCACAGUUAAUGCACCAUGUCCGAGAGCUGUAAAUUCACAGAAGUGCAUAAGGGUUGGUGGCAAGCACAAUGACUUGGAUUUAGUUGGAACUGAUAGUCAUCAUCACACAUUCUUUGAGAUGUUGGGCAAUUGGUCCUUUGGUGACUACUAUAAGAAAGAGGCAUGUCAAAUGGCAUGGGAUCUGCUGCUCGGUCCCUAUCGCUUGAAGCCUGAUGAUUUGGUUGUCACAUACUUUGCCGGUGAUCCUACCAUGAAACUGAAUGAGGAUAGAGAAUGCAGAGAUAUAUGGAAGUCUCUUGGAGUGUCUCCGAGUCGUAUAAAAGGUCUUGGAGCUUCAGAUAAUUUCUGGGAGAUGGGAUUGACUGGGCCUUGCGGUCCAUGUACUGAAAUACAUGUUGUCAACCCUGACGGAAGCCUGACCGAAAUCUGGAAUUUGGUGUUUAUACAGUUUAAUAGGGAAGCAGAUGGUUCAGUGACCUCUCUGUCUCGUCAUCACGUGGAUACUGGCAUGGGAUUAGAAAGAAUGGCGAAGUUACUGCAAGGCGUACCCUCUAAUUACGACACAGAUAUUUUCAAACCUCUCAUCAAGGCGAUCGAGAAGAACAGCAAAAAUGUACCAGCUUAUAGUGGUCAGUACACGGAGAGCUCAACAUUGGACUGUGCUUACAGGCGGCUCGCUGACCACUCGAGGAUGAUCAGUGUCUGUUUAGCUGACGGUGUCUUCCCUGCCAACAGCUUAAAUGUAAAGCAAAUAAUGCGUAAAUCGUUCAAAAUAUGCUCUGAUGUCUUCAACAACCCUCACCUGCUGUCGAAUUUAUAUGACGAAGUUGCAGCGACCUUGAGCUCUACCUAUCCAGAGCUAGUGAGCAACAAGUCCAAUGCGAAACUUAUUAUUGAACACGAAGCCCAGGCUUAUGCGAAGAUGAGAGCUGGUUUGGUGAAGAAGUGGAAGGACCUGGUGACGAGAUACCCCGAGGUUGAAAGCCUCAAUGAUGUCGAGACACCUGGAUUCGCUUUAGGAUAUAAGGAGUUCAAAGAGACUGUUUCAAAACUUAACACAUCUAUAAUACCCGGAGAAUUGAUAUUCAAACUCUACGAUACUCACGGCUUGCAAGAGGAACUAAUAAAUAGAAUAGCAGAAUUAAACAACAUGACCACAGACAAGGAGGGCUUCCAGAAACUUCUGUCAAAGCACAAACACAGACACAAGACUGCAUUCAAAGAGCAAGAUUUAAACAAAACCAUAUUAUUCAAUGAUGCAAUCGAUCGAUUAAUUAAAAACGGAAUUAGUAGAACCAAUGACAAUUUUAAAUAUAAUUACGAGAUCACAGACAGUAAACUUGAACUUGGAACUUUGACAACAAAAUUAUGUGCCAUUCUGAAUGAGGACUGUCAAUGGAUUGACGUUUUAGAUACAAUCGAAAAUAGACCUUAUUAUUUGGUAACAGAAGACACGAAUUUCUAUUGCGAGGAGGGUGGUCAGAUAUCAGACUCUGGUGUUGCAAGAAUAGACGAACAUUUAUCAUUUAAAGUCGAUAGUGUUUUUAAAAUUCGAGAUUUUGUCUUCCACAAAGGCUGUUUUCUAGUUGAUAAAAAUUAUAGUGCUUGUGUUAAGUGCGGUAGUGACGUAACUUUAAUUAUCGAUGGUGAGAAAAAACUUAGGGUCAUACAAAAUCACACGGCCAUCCAUCUUUUGAAUGCAGCUAUCAGGAAAGCAUUACCAAACAGUGUUGUAAGUCAAAUCGGUUCUAAAGUGACUGACAGGGGACUGUAUCUGAAUCUGUCAGUUUAUGGUGAGAAAUUAUCAGAAGAUGUCCUAUUGGCCGCUGAAUGUAUGAUCAGGGAAUCCAUAGAAUCGAAUGCUCGAAUAGAAACGAAAAUAUUAGACAGCGUCCAACUGGCUCUCGAAGACUCAGUGGUCACUGUUCCGGGAGAGACUUACCCGGAGACCGGACUUAGAUUGGUGAUAAUACAGGAGCCUCUGAUCUCCAAGGAAUUGUGUUGCGGUACUCACGCGCCAUCUGCCGGCGCGCUGCGGGACGUGUGCAUCACGCAGGCCAAGGGGCUCGGGACCAACGCCCCCACCGUGUACUGCGUGUCCGGGGAGGCGGCCCGGCAGGCAAGGGAACUGUUCUGCCGUACAAAAAAAUUGGAGGAAGUGGUUGAUCUGAUGGACCCUGAGCGACUUAGAGAGGAGGUGGCGGACAUCCGGCGCGCCCUCGGUGACGUGUGCGGGGACCGCGGCGCCCCCCUCGGCGAGCUGGCGCGCUGCCAGGCCGCGCUGCGCCGCGCCGCCGCCCGCCCCGCACCGCACCCCGAGCCGCACCCCGCGCCCGCCCUGCAGGCCAUCGCUGAGGCGGAGAUCCGUGAAGCGAUCCAAGAGGCUGUUGAUGGCGGUCGUAGGUUCGUGGUGCAGUUUGUGCGGUGCUCCUACCUCAUGCAGGACUCCGGGCUGGCGCGCGCGCUGCGGUCCGGGGUCACCCUGCCCGCCCUGCUGCUGGGCUGCGCGGGGGGCGUCAUCCACGCGCAGGCGCACGUGCCCAAGGAUCUAGUGACGGAGUCCUUCACGGCGGAGCGCUGGUUGGGCUGCAUCCUCCCCGUUUUCCGAGCCGCCGCGCAGCCCCCUGCCUCAGGAGACUCCGCCCUCACGCGAGCUGCGAUGACUCCCACUAAGGUGAGCCUGAUCGACUGUGAGGAUCUAGUGCAGGACGCCAUGCGGGCCGCCAUCAGGUUCGCGCAGGCGCACGCGCACGCCCCCCGCCGCCCCGCCGACAAGAACAGGCAACACAAUUAGAUAUCGUUACACUUCUCCUUUUUUAAGGGAUUUUUAGCCCUGCAGUCACUCGUUCCGGUUUGAAGAGUGGAAUAAUCGUUGUACAACAAGGAUGAGCAACACGCGGCCCGUCAAGCAUUCCUAAAAUUGAAUGAAAUACAUUCAAUUUUAGGAAUGCUUGACGGACGGUGAAGUCGAUAAAAUAUAUCGACUUUUCAAUUCGUUUUUCCGUUCUUUUUUUGUUUGUUUUUAUCUUGCAUUAAAAUUUGUAUAUGAAAUCUUUUUUUUUUUGUUUUUUUUUUAUUCUAAUAUUUAUUAUAACUAAAGUUUCGUAAAUGAUUAAUAAGAGUCAAUAUAUGAGCGGUCCAACAAAAAAUUUUUUUUUUAAAUUUGCCCUUUUAUUAAAAAGGUUGAUCACCCCUGUUGUACAACAUAGUUGAAGAUUCGACCGCGUGUCUCAAGCUAGGUGGGGUCAUUUCAAACACUCGAUAACUAGCAUAAUUAUGAAAAACUGAGGUUGGAGGGGGAGGAUUGGUUGAUUUGAAUAUACUGCUUACUUAUCUUAUGCUGUACUUAUCGACAGUCAGCUGUCUUUUUACAAAUUUAUUAUAAAUUUAUUAAAUAUUAAAGAUGAUUGUAUUGUUUUUAUGUAAAUGUUUGUUAAUAAAAUCAGCUGAAU